AUGCCUACAGCCAUUUUAGGCAUUCUCGGUCGUGAGAUCGUUAAGGAGCUCAGCAGCAAUCCAGAAGAAUGGUCGAAGAUCUAUGCCCUCUCCCGGUCAAAGAAGGAAGACUUCCCCAAGAAUGUCGUCCAGAGCCACUUGGACCUAUGCGCCACCCCCGAAGAGAUGGCGAGAGAGCUUCAAGGGGUCGAAGCUGAUUACGUUUUCUUUGCCGCCUACUUGGAGCAAGAUACCGAGGCCAAGGCCAGCAAAGUCAAUGGCGAUAUGCUGGAUGCGUUCCUCAAGGCCUUGGUUUUGAACAACAGCGCCUCCAAGAUCAAGCGCAUCAUUCUCGUCUGUGGAGCAAAGCAAUACGGCGUACAGCAUGGUCGGGUCAAGAUCCCGAUGCAAGAAACGGAUCCGUGGCUUCCCGAGGACGCCCCGUUUGCACCAAACUUCUACUACCGCCAGCAGCGCAUCCUUCAUGCCUUCUGCGCCGCCCACCCCGGCAUCUCCUGGGUUGUAACUUACCCAAACGAGGUGAUCGGCUUCGCCAAAGGCAACUUCAUGAACUUCGGCACCGCCGUCGCUAUCUACGCCGCGGUCCAGCGCGAGCUUGACAGCAACGAGCUCGUCUUCCCCGGCGCCGAGGACUUUUACACUAGGAUCACAAUGUUCUCCGACGCCCGCCUCCACGGCCAGUUCUGCCGCUGGGCCGCGCUCGCCCCUGAAGCAGCCAACCUCUCCUUCAACGUCGUCAACGGCGAUGCGGCCUCUUGGCAAGACCUCUGGCCGCGCGUCGCCCGCUACUUCAGCCUUCACGUCCCGGCAGACCAGUUUACGCGUCCGGCCCCGACAGCGUCGGAGCGCAAGCUCGCCGCACGCACGCCGUUCUCCCUCUCCGCGGAGGCGAUCGGCGUGGCGACGAGCAGUGCCAGUGGCGAGCAGAAGCAAGAACAGUCGCACAUCCGGCAGAGGGUCGACCUGGUGGAAUGGAGCAGGAGCGGCGAGGUCCAGGAGGCGUGGAGGCGGCUGGCCGCGCGGGAAGGCCUCGACGGGGACGCGCUCGACAGGGCAUCGUGGGCCUUUGCUGGGUUCGCGUGGGGACAGGACUACGAUGUCGUGCUGAGCAUGAGCAGGGCGCGUCAGCUGGGGUGGACGGGCUACGUGGACUCUUGGGACGGGUUUGAGACGGUGUUCCGGGGACUGGCGGAUGCAAAGGUCAUUCCGAAGCAGAAGUGGUGA